AUGGACUACGGAACAGUGGAGCUGUACCAUGAGUUUCUCAACCAGAUGGAGUCGUGUGAGUUCAACAACAGCUUGAUCAACUUGGCUACCUCACCUUCUCCAGAAUCUUUCACACCUCCUAUACCUUCUACACGACAUUUAGCAUCCAUAGCGCCGCAGCAAUUGCUUAAUCUCAACCUCCACCUCGAUGUAAAUACGUACUACAACAAGUUGACAGGGCUCAUUUGUCAGAUUCCGUUCCACGGCAGUGCAGCAGAUAAGGACCUGUUUCAAAGCUUAGCACAUAAUGUAACUCAGAGCAGAACCCAGAAGUCAUUUCAGGAGACGUUUGCUGAAGACGAGGAAGACGAAAUGAAUCCUCUAGCACCAGGAUUGUUUCCUAAGUUGAAUAUCGGCGACGACGAGAAGUUCAUGAAGUUCGACACGUUGCCCUUGACGCCGUCGUACGUGGCAAAAUAA